UCUGGAGGGAGGAGGAGGAGGAGAGAGAGAGAGAGAGAGCGAGAGAGAGAGAGAGAGAGAGCGAGAGAGAGAGAGAGAGAGAGAGAGAGAGAGAGAGAGAGAGAGAGAGAGAGGACACCCGCCCGGAACUGCAAAGCCAACAGAAGUUUUGUGUACAUGAAUUGUUGACUGCUUCAGUUGGACUCAUUCUUUAUCACUGGUGGCAGAUGCUGCAUAUGCCCAGGUUGUGAGCAUGCUCAGUGUGCCCUGUGUGUUGAAGAGAGGAACCAGCCAGUGAAGCAAAAUGAAAUCACCUCACCUGAGUGACGAAAAAUAAUUGAGAGUGGGACUGGACUGGGGACCGGACCCUGACUGCUGCUGGUGCUCAGGAUGGGCUGUACCUGCAGCAAACGAAACCAGGCCAGCGGUUCGAGUCCUCCCUCCCUGCACAGAGCGAGCCUGCAGCUAACCAAACACACCCCAGGACCAGCACUUCCUGUACCAGAUCAGCCGCGAGCAGAAGCUUCUCAUCUUGGUAAUGCAGAAAAAGACGUUGUCAUCGCGCAGUGGGACUUCAAACCAAUCAACAACGAUGACCUGAAAAUGAAUAAAGGAGACAAACUGAAGAUUAUAGAGGAGAAUGGUGCUUGGUGCUUGGCCCGCUCCCUGGUCUCUGGAGAAGAGGGUUAUGUGCCGUCUUCAUACGUGAGCACGCCGGGGUCACAGGAGGAGGAGGGGUGGUUAUUUAUAAAUUUGAGCCGCAGGGACACAGAGCGCCUCCUGCUGGCACCAGGGAACAGUGUAGGAUCUUUUCUGAUCCGAGAGAGCGAGACAACCAAAGGGGGGUUCUCUCUGUCCAUCAGGGACUGUGGAGCUGCAGAACAGGGGGACGUUGUGAAACACUACAAAAUCCGAGCCCUGGACCACGGUGGAUACUACAUUUCCCCGACCUCCACCUUCCCCUCUCUGCAGGAGCUGGUGCAGUAUUAUCAAAGGACGGCAGAUGGCCUGUGCCAGCGCUUGGUGGCGCCGUGCCGCUCGGGGAUGCCAGAGCGCUCGUGGGCGCUGGACGAGUGGGAGAUUCCUCGGCACACGCUGCGCAUGGUGCAGAAGCUGGGGGCGGGGCAGUUUGGCGAAGUGUGGAUGGGCUAUUAUAAGAACAGCCAAAAGGUGGCGAUAAAGAUGCUGAAGGAGGGCAGUAUGGAGCCGGAGGCUUUCCUGCAGGAGGCCAACCUGAUGAAGCAGCUGCAUCACGACCGUCUGGUGCGCCUGUACGCCGUCGUCACCCAGGAGCCCAUACUCAUCAUCACUGAGUUCAUGGCCAACGGAAGUCUGCUAGACUUUCUGAAAACAGACAGUGGAAAGAAGCUGAAGAUUCCUAAGCUGAUAGAUAUGUCAGCACAGAUUGCGGAGGGCAUGGCGUAUAUCGAGCGCAAAAAAUACAUCCACAGGGACCUGCGAGCCGCCAACAUCCUGGUGUCUGAAACACUGCACUGCAAGAUCGCCGACUUCGGCCUGGCCAGGAUCAUCGAGUCCGAGUACACAGCACAGGAAGGAGCCAAGUUUCCCAUCAAAUGGACAGCACCAGAGGCCAUAAACUACGGCACCUUCAGCAUCAAGUCCGAUGUGUGGUCGUUUGGUGUUCUGCUCACAGAGAUAAUUACACACGGGAGAACACCUUAUCCAGACAUGACCAACCCUGAGGUCAUCAGAAACCUGGACCACAGCUACCGCAUGCCGCGGCCGGAGAACUGUCCCGAGGCGCUGUAUGACAUCAUGAUGACAUGCUGGCGGGAGCGGCCCGAAGAUAGGCCUACGUUUGAGCACCUGCAGGACAUCCUCAACGACUUCUUCAUCGCCACUGAAGGCCAAUACGAAAUGCAGUCCUGAAAGUGGGGCUGCCAACUGCUGUGGCAUUAGCGUCGCGGUAACAAGCACCAUGGUGCACUGUACCGGACUGUACCAACUGUACUGGGCCGACUGUACCGGACUGUACCAACUGUACUGGGCCGACUGUACCGGACUGUACCAACUGUACUGGGCCAUACCGACUGUACCGGACUGUACCAACUGUGCUGGGCCGACUGUACUGGACUGUAUCAACUGUACUGGGCCA